UCAAAUCGAAGCUCUCCCUCUCUUUGCAAUGUCAGAUUCUCACGGCGGCGGAGGAAUGACGGCGGCGGAAGAUUACCAAGAAGAGGAGGUGUGGGCCAUGAUCAAGGCAAGAGAUGAUCAACCCUCCAACCUAACAAACAAUCUCUCCACCUCAUCCUCGCGCCACUUCCCCUCCACCGCCGCCGCGAGGGUCAUUCCGAGAUCCUCCGGCGGCGCUUCGUCGGCGCCCCUCGCCGUCCCCGACUGGUCCAAAAUCAUGAAGAUGAAUCCCAAGAGGAACGGUGCAUGCGGAAAUUUCAGCGACGGCGAAGAUGAGAUGGUGCCGCCGCAUGAAUAUGUGGCUCGGAGGGCGGCGGCGGCGCAGGUGGCUUCCUUCUCCAUGUGCGAAGGAGUUGGAAGAACUCUCAAAGGGAGAGAUCUCAGCAGACUCAGAAACGCGAUUUUGACCAAAACGGGUUUUCUUGAAUAGUUGCUACUAUCACUAUUAGUCUAUUAGUAUUACUAAAUCGAAAAAUAGAAUUUGUGGAAUGUUUUGCCUUUUUUGGUGGCUUUUUCGUAGCUAGAAAAAUGUUCUAAAUCUAAAAAUGGCCCAGUCUAAGAUUUUGUAUGGCAGAUUUGCUUUUUUGGAAGUAGUACUAUUAAUUUGUGUA